AUGGCGUGUGCAGCAACUAAAAAACGAAAAAAUGAAUUUCCUGACAAAGUAUCUAAACAAGCAAAACAAACGAAUAUGGGAGAUACAAUUCAUUCUCAAGAAAAUCGUCAUUCAUCAUUAUUAUUAUCCUUAGAUCACAUACGAAUAUUUGCCAUGCGCCGUCCUAAACCAGCAUGUGUAACCAAUGAGAAUUGGCUUAUGUUUAAUGUUACAUCUAAAACAAAAGAAAAAUGGUGUUUAGAAUUUAGUCCAUUUCUCUUAGGUCCGAUCGAGUUAUAUCCAAAUAGUAAAGAUGGUAAAAUGCUGAUUGCGAAAAAUAUGGAAAAUGCUUGGCAAUUUUGUAAAGUCUAUAAACAAUUUACUGAUAUCGAUGGUAAUUCACCAUCAGAAGCCUAUUGGAAAUGGGCCGAGGAGGGUUGGAAUGAUUCCAAACCACAUCGUUUUCCACUUGGACGCAUAGCAGUUAAACCUCUAUACUCUUUAUGGAAUGGAAAACAAUUGAAUUAUAUCGAAGCACGUAAAACAAUUUACGCGCCAUUAUAUGCAAAAUAUGUGGAACAAACAGACGCAUAUAGAAAAUUAAAUGAAGUUUAUAUAAAAUAUUGUUGUGGAGAUCAAAAUGAUAAACAUAAAAGACCAAUGGGAUUAUUAGAUUUUGAUGGAUGGGAUCAUUUAGGACAAGAUUAUACAUUAGAACAAGUUAUUAAUAUGAAAAAACCAAAAAUGGGUCAUGCUUUCGUUUUAGCUGGUCUCCUAGAAAAUAAUCUAUUUUGGUUAUCGGAACCAGAAAAAACGCAUGCAGAAGAAUUAAGGAAAUCCGGUCGAUUAUUAAAAGAUAUUUGA